AUGAGGCCGUCCAAAACCCAGCAAUCCGCCAUCAACGCCAAGCUGAUCUUCACCUCCUUCUUCCUCCUCUGCAUCCUCUGCCUCAUCCUCUGGUCCACCUUCUCCUCCCCCGCCGCAACACCCGCUUCCACCCACGUGACCACCGAUUCCCAAUUCGACGAUCAAUCCACCAAACCCUCCUGCCCUGAAAUCACUUCCUCCUCCUCCGCCGCCGCCGCCACCUGCUCGAAAGCGCCGCCGUCCCUCGCCAACGCACUGGUCCACUACGCCACCACCAACAUCACCCCGCAGCAGACCUUCAAGGAAGUCUCCGUCUCCCUCCGCGUCCUCAACUCCAAAUCCCCCGCCAAUUUCCUCGUCUUCGGCCUCGGCCACGACAGCCUGAUGUGGGCGUCGCUCAAUUACGGCGGCCGGACGGUCUUCCUCGAAGAGGACAAAUCAUGGAUCGAGCAGAUCCAGGGGAAGAUCCCGUCCCUCGAGGCAUACCACGUCACCUACGACACGAAGGUUCACCAGGCCGGCGGCCUGAUGGAGGCAGGGAUCGGAGACGGCGAGUGCAAAACGGUGUCGGAUCCGAGGGAGUCCAAGUGCCAGCUGGCGCUGAAGGGUUUCCCGGCGGAGAUUUACGAGAUUGACUGGGAUUUGAUUAUGGUGGACGCGCCCACAGGGUAUCACGAUGAGGCGCCCGGGAGGAUGACGGCGAUUUAUACGGCGGGGCUGAUUGCGAGGAACAAGGAGGCAGGGGAGACGGAGGUUUUUGUUCACGAUGUGGAUCGGACGGUGGAGGAUCGGUUCUCGAAGGCGUUUUUGUGUGAGGGUUACUUGACGGAGCAGGAAGGGCGGCUGAGGAGGUUCACGGUGCCGAGCCACCGUGCUCGCCCCGGCCGGCCGUUCUGCCCUUGA